GUAACCGUGAAUGGCUUUUUAAAUUACGUUAUUGUCUGUUACCCGUUAUAUCAGAUUUUAUGUUCCCGAUGCAGUAUAAAUUUUACGUCCGUCUUCUAGCAAUGGCUUCUACACAAUGGACGUGUAUUCUACUAUUAACUGGACUGGGACAUUGCUAUGUAAACCUGAGCAGAAAACAAGGUACAAAAGUUUCUCAAAGUUCCACACGCCACCACAUAUUACUUGCGGAUUAUGCAAAUGACGGGAACAGAACCCAGACAAAUUAUACAAUCUGUUCACAUACUGCUCUGGGACACUCCAUAGCUUGGUUCCAAGUGGAUCUUGGAGGCGAAUAUAAUUUGAAAUAUGUGACAAUAUACUACAGAAAUGAGGAUAUUUGGCCUCCGUAUCGAUUUCGCCAGUUUUACGUAGAUGUAUCAAACAUAACGGCAAACUCAUCUACAACCUUAACGUCACAGAGAAAACGUUGUUACACGGACAACACAACCGCCCCGGCCACACCUCCAGCCGUGAUUGACAUUCCUUGUAAAGAAACAGCGAGAUACGUCAUCGUGGAGACCACGUACGACGCCCCUGAAAAUAAUCAACAGGAAAUGACUGGACCAGUGCUGGAAAUUUGCGAGAUAGAAGUUUACGCCCUGACUGCUAACAGGUCCGAAUCACCGGAAGUUCCUGCUACGAUCAUUGUCGCUGGUCUUGGAGGAUUUGUCUUUGUUCUCAUAGCAGUGGUAGUGACAGUCUUCCUCUUCAGGUUUAGACGACAGAAGCAUUCCCAGUCGUCAACGCGAUCGAUGUCCUACAAAACCGGUAGUAAGACCUCGACAGCUACAAACAAACUGUACACAAACAUCGCAAUUGUGUCUAUUUCAAUUGAGGAACCAGAAGAAGAACCGCAGAGUGAAAUCCUAGAAGAAGCUGUCCACUAUAAGAAUUUGUCAGUUGCAAAGGAUAUUGCUGUAAAAGAUCUUCUGAAUGAUAUACGACAAAAGGAAGCCGAUGAAAGUAUCGGUUUUAUGAAGGAAUAUAAGUCAAUUCCGUAUGGUGAAAGAUUCCCUUGCAAUACGGCGAAACUAGAAGAAAACCAACUGAAAAACAGAUUCAGAACAACUUUCCCAUAUGAUCAUUCGAGAGUCGUGUUAGAUUCUGGUGAUGGAUUCGACUCAGAUUACAUAAAUGCAAAUUACAUUGAGAGUAUGGAUGGUAAGCGGGAAUAUAUCGCAUGCCAAGGUCCAAGAGAAAACACUUUGAUAGACCACUGGCGGAUGAUAUGGCAGAAAGACGUUCAAUAUAUCGUGAUGUUGACCAAUCUUAUAGAGGGACCAAAGGUGAAGUGUCACCAGUACUGGCCAAGUGAAGGGCAUGGACUCGACGUAAAUCCAUUUUCCGUCACAUUGCUGGAAGAGAAAGUUUAUGCCUGUUAUAUCAUCAGGAAAAUGGCAGUGCGCAAGAAGAGAGUCACUGGGUCAAGGACGAUCGUACAGUUUCACUACACAAGAUGGCCGGAUCACGGAACUCCUAAUCCAUUGAAUCUGGUCAUUUUCCACAGACACUUCCGGCACAAAAUUGAACCUUCUCAACAUCCAAUGCUUGUACAUUGCAGUGCGGGGAUUGGUCGAACUGGGACGUUCAUUGCACUUGAUGUUCUGUCCAGAUACGGAGAUGUCCACCACAGGGUCAAUGUAGUGGAGUUUGUCAAGGCAAUGCGGAAAGACAGGAUGACUAUGAUCCAAAACGCUGACCAGUACGUUUUCCUGUAUCACGCUUUGUAUGAAUACUUCAGAAGAAAGGGGACGUUCGUCAACAAGAGUGAAUUCAUGUCGACAUACGCAGAUCUGGAUAAACCGGAAGCAAAGAAAAAAAUCACGAAUGAGUUCAAUGCGCUUAAAAGCUUACAACCUCAAUAUGAUGGGGACGAUUUCAAAACGGGACAAAAGUACCUUGAGCUAAAUUUGACCAAGUCUGCUUUACCAGUUGAACAAUAUCUGGUUUAUCUUUCAUCCAAUGUGAAGGGUCGAGCACCAUACUACAAUGCAGUAUUUGUGUCGUCCUUUGCCCAAGCCGAGGAGUUUAUUUCUGCGCAGUAUCCGGUGUCAGGUGCUUCCAUUGAUCUUAUAAGCCUCCUGGUGGAUCAGAAGUCGUCAUUCCUUAUUUCGUUAAACCCAUUCUCUGAUGUAAAGGAGAUUGAAAACUGGGUUGACGGGGAAAACUCUGUAAUUGAUUUGGCUCACUAUGAAAUCACGAGAAGUACCCAGACAAUGCUAUGUGAAGAAUUGCGGACAACCAACAUCGAAAUCAAGAGGAAAGAUAGUGGAGAAACACACACGGUUAAGAUAUUUGAAUGUCUGAGUUGGAGUUCCAGUGAGAUCCUACCAAAUGAGCACGUAACAUUAACGAACCUGAUAAAGCAUUUAAGUUUGGAUCGAAAAUCCCACCCAGAGGGUCCUAUAACUGUUAUCUCGAAGGACGGUGCUACAUGUUGUGGGGUAUUUCUAGCGGUCUAUAACGCGGUAGACCAAAUACUGCAGGACGAUGAGGUGGACAUUUUUACCAUCGUGCAACAACUACAAUGUCACAGACCGGAAAUGAUAUCCAGAAAGGAAGAAUACGAGUUCUGCUUCCGGUCUGUUUGGAACUAUCUUAGUUCGGACAACAUGUAUGACAAUACCUAAUGAUGGAUAGGCACACCAUAUUACAUUGAUGCAUGACGUCAUUGUUUUCUCGCUGUGACUGUGUGUAUCACGAUAUUUUGUUUUCAGAGUUUUAUAUACCCGAAGAAGCAUUGGCAAUUAUGAGGUCGAAUAUGCAAAAGAGACAAUUGCAAAUUCACAUUGAAUUCGGACAUAUUUGAUAUAUUUCGCUAUGAAUUGUUAAUGCGUGAAUAUGAUACAUUGUUCAUGCAACAAUGAUGUUAUUUUCAUAUUUAAUAGGAUAUUUUGUUGUUGUUGUGUUGUUGACUUUUGUUUGUUUGGAUUUUUUGUUAUUUUAAGUGGCGGUUAUUUGUUGUUGUAAAAUAUUUGUCGUUUUUGUUUGUUGAGAAUUGGAAAAACUUAAGGUGAAUAAUUUCAAUUAAUCUAUAUUUAGAAUGUUAGUUUGGUCAGUUCUGGAAUAUUUUGUAUCUUCAAAUUCCAUUAAUAUAAUGUAUGUGUUUAUAGAAUAUACUGUAUAUCUGUAUAUAGCAGGGUAAUAUUCCCGUUUAAAUAAUUCAAUCUUGCAUGUAUAUCUCUUCUUCAUUGAUUUAACUUAAUCAUUAUGUCAUUAAAUACUAAUCAAUGCAA